GCUGGCUGAAAACGGAACAGUGGCUUCAGAAACAGAAACGGCUUGCUCGCCUUUGGUCUCGUGUCUUCCUCUCCUCCUUCCAGGAGCCGCCCUCAGGCCGUGGAAAGCUCUCCAGCUGUUGCACGGCCGGCCUAACGGUCCACACGGCAUUCCCCAGAGGCGGGGAGGGAAAGGUGUCCCGAAUAUAGAAGUAACGGGGUGGAUGAAAACUGGGAGCGGAAGACGGAAGGUGGGCAAAGUUUCUUCUAGCUGUUUCUCCUUGCGGCUAUUAGCCCGGAGAUAGGAGUGUCCCUGUUCGUAGCCAGACGGAGCGGCAAGUACUAAAGAAGCCUGGAAGCUCUAAAAAGAACUAGUUUAUGCUGGGUGUUGGAAGGCUUUGAGUUCCUAUUCUGAGGCUGUUGCCUUCGUUUAAGCGAGAGAGAGCGAGAGAGAGAGAAGAGGUAGCAUGUUGAUGAUCCUUAAAAGAAAAAUCUACCAAAGAACCAAAGCUGUAGCUCAAAGUGGAACCUAUACUUUCUGUAUGCUUUGUUAAAAGAACAAAAGUGGGUGAAAGUGGAUGAGGAAGAUUUUUAAAAAAGAAGUGGAAGCUAUUUUUGGAAAUCCAACUAGAAUCCAUUAAUCACACAUAUUAAACCUGAUGGAUACCAUAGAGACAGCAAAGCUUGAAGAACAUAUGGAAGGCCAGACCAGUGAAACUUCCAAUGGUUAUGUUCGACCUGCUCUGACUGUUAGUGAUGAAAACAAGAAUGGCAGCAACAAACCGAAGAGUUUAUCCAAUGGUUUGCGAAAAGGUGCUAAAAACUAUCCAGAAUACGUACAAAUUUCCAUGCCCACUGACUCUAGAAACAAGUUUCCUUUGGAAUGGUGGAAAACAGGCAUUGCCUUUGUAUAUGCUGUCUUCAAUUUAGUUUUAACAACUGUCAUGAUCACAGUGGUACAUGAGAGGGUACCUUCCAAGGAGCUCAGCCCUCCAUUGCCAGAUAAAUUUUUUGAUUAUAUUGAUCGUGUGGAAUGGGCUUUUUCUGUAUCAGAAAUAAAUGGAAUUAUCCUUGUUGGAAUAUGGAUAAUCCAAUGGCUGUUUCUUAAAUACAAAUCAAUAGUAGGACGAAGGUUCUUUUUUAUAUUGGGAACUUUGUACCUCUAUAGGUGCAUUACCAUGUAUGUCACCACUUUGCCUGUACCUGGAAUGCAUUUUCAGUGUGCUCCAAAGCUAAAUGGUGAUUCUCAAGCUAAAGUUCACCGAAUUCUGCAACUAAUUUCAGGAGGUGGUCUGUCUAUAACAGGCUCACAUAUCUUAUGUGGAGAUUUUCUAUUCAGUGGACACACUGUAAUCUUAACGCUCACUUACCUAUUUAUCAAGGAAUAUUCACCUCGUCACUUCUGGUGGUAUCACUUGAUUUGCUGGUGUAUGAGUGUUGCUGGAAUAAUCUGUAUCCUGGUAGGACAUGAGCAUUACACUGUAGAUGUUGUCAUUGCUUAUUUUAUCACAACUAGGCUCUUCUGGUGGUAUCAUGCAAUGGCUAACGAAAAGAACUUGAAAAUAUCAUCACAGACUAACUUUCUGUCUCGAGCAUGGUGGUAUCCAAUAUUCAAUUUCUUUGAGAAGAACAUACAAGGCUCAGUUCCUUGCAGUUUCUCAUGGCCAAUAACAUGGCCUCCUGGUUGUUUCAAGUCUUCCUGCAAAAAAUAUUCCCGUGUGCAGAAAAUGGGAGAGGACAAUGAAAAAUCCACCUGAAGAAGAUGAAGGCAAAAACAUUCAUAUUAUUUUUCCUUUUUACCAAAACACUUAUGCUAUAACCAAAGCUCUCAAGAUGACUUAGAUUGUUUAUUGAAGAAGUGGAACAGACUCUGUGCAAUUGAUCUGAGAAAAGACUUUUGUAGCCAUUAGAAAAUAAUAGCUAUCCCUUGGUAAAUUUUUUAAUACUCAUAUUGUACAGUUUCAUCCCACUCUUCAGUAUUAGUAGACAUUGGCAUUCGAUGACACUGCAGUGCCAAUAUAAUACUUCCUGAGAAAAAGAACCAGGAUGUUGACUUCUUAAUGAGAUUAAGAGGUGCCAAAGUACACAUCACACCAUCUGUUGUUAAAUAUCAUUCACCCACAGAAACUCUGAAACAAAAUAUCAGCUUCAGAUUUCUGCAAUUCGAUGAGGAAAAAAAAGUAAAAUGCACAAUACUGGUCUCUCAAGCUGAGAGUGACAGAAAUUAGCAGGUAGAGGUGUUAAAUCCAACUGGUGCAUAUAUAAGGCCUGUUACAUAUAACUGGUAAAACCAGAACAGAAUGUGAUCUUUUAUAUUCUUUUAUGGGAAUGAAUUAUAUUAUGAUCCCAUAAUGCCACUGUAUCUACCAGUUCACUGUAUGUACCAGUACAUGCUAUUCUCUGUUAACUUUUUUUUAAUGUGGUAAUUUUAUAUAUGGAAAUAAAACCUAUUUUACCUGAUGAUACUGUAAGCUAGAAAUAAUGUCUACUAAUGUCCUCAAUGUCCUAAAAGAGAAGAGGUAAACUAAUUUAUUGUUAAAAUAACAUACAUAUGUCAAAAGGAUUAUUUAUUUUCUACUGGUCAAUUAGUUUGCAUGACUUUGCGGCAGAUGUACUGGGAGCAUUUUUUGAACAUUAACAUUAACAGUUAAUGCUCAAUAGAUGAAUUAUAUGGUGAGUCUGCAAUCACAGCAAAUAUUGACCAUCCUUCAGACAACAACUGAAAAGAUAGUAUAUCACUUAGUAAAGAUAGUGGUCUAAUAAAAAUUUUCAGCACUGAAACAGCACCUCAAAAUUUUGAAGCGGUUGUAACCAGUCUAUAUCUAUCUGUGGACAAGAUCCUUUGAGGUUCUUCUUUCCAGAAAAGGAAAAUAAAUGAAUUUGGUGCUUCCCUUCUGCCUUUUUUGCCUUUCCCCCAGAUUUAACCUAGCUCAUUAAGUUCCCUUUGAGAACAGCUUGAGAGUGAUACAGAAGCCUUCAGGGAAAAGGGGAAAACAACAAUUAUAAUUCUGCUAAUGAAAGCCUCUCCUGGCUUGAAAUGCCUUCUGCGCAAAAUAGCAGUAGAAUUGUCAAUAUUCUGUUGUGAUGGUUACUGAAAUACAUAUGCACAUGAACAUUCAAUACAAUGCAUUAAAAAUAAUAAAUUGAAAUAAGCAUUUCAGAUCAAGAAGAACAGCAAUUCAUACUUCCUGGCUUUAGUGUCAUCUAAAUGGUGUCUUGAAAAUAAUUUUUCAAUGUUUUUUUUUUAAAUUGCAUUCACUAAAACAUUGAGAUAGAUAUGAUGCAUUUACUGAUGAAUAUCAUUUUUGCUUUCCUUUGGCAUUUGAGUUGUUAUGCUAAAGUUUUUCCACUGAAUAUUUUGUUUCACUAUUACCUAACACUAUUUAUUAUUAAAUGGUCACAUGGCCAAUCUGAUAUCUUCUUGUUUUCAAGGUUUAUUUGUUUGAACCAAGUCUCUGUUUAUAAUAUAACACCUGAAGUAUUUAUUAAGCUCAUGCACACAAAAAUUUACAUGGCCCACUACUUUUGUUCAGUUUGGCUUAAAAACCAAACUAUGUUACUAGAAUUACAACCCAUAGCAAUUAAAUAGAUUGUAUUUGUCCAUAGUAUACUAUGCUUUCAUAAUAUGUCAGUAAAGGCAAUAUUCAGAAAACCACUAUUCACAUUUGCUUUAAUUAAUAUAACUUUUAAAUAUUUUGAAGUUUAUAACUACAUAAAAGGAAAUCAAUUAGAAAAGUUGACAUUUAAACAUUUGUAAGGUCAAAUUUAAAAAAAGAUGGAGUUUGGUGAAAAUUUUCUGAAAGCUGUUGUUUUUCUCUAAAAUUUGUUAACUAGAAAAGGUGCUACCAGUUUCCUUCUGAUUUUUUGUUUUCAUAGAUUAACAUAGCUAUUGUUAUACAAGGUCAUAUAGAAUUAAUUUUCAGAAGAUCACAAAUUCUGAUGUAGCAAACAAUAUAAUCUAAUCAUAGAUAAAGUGUGAUAUUCAAGUCAAAUGCUUUAUUAUGGGUUAAUUUUCUUCACUAGAACCAGGAUAUCUAUAUCACAUGGAAAACUACAUCUUUUAGUCAGAACAUAGAUGUUACUAACAAAAUGAAAAAUUCAAAUUCAGAACUUAAAAUACAGAUAAAUUUGUUUUUAGCUUUAUCUUAAUAGGACACAACAGCUGGAGUUUGGAAAUAUAUACUGCAAAAUCCCCAUUCCCUCCCCACUCCUGGGGUAAGGAUAUUGCAAAAUCUCCAUUCCUACCCCACUUU